UAGAAACGAAAAGACUUUCGGAAACCCACGAAAAUCAUCAUGGCUGUCAGCGAAGCAGAAGCGAGCAACACUGUCAGAAAUGCUUUGAUUGAGAGCCUUACAGCGAUCCUUUCACCUCAACAAGAGAUCAGGCAGCAAGGAGAAGAGCAGCUCAAACUAUUAGAAGUAACUGAAGAAUUUGGUGUAUUCCUUGCUGAGCUGACACUAGAUAAGAAUGGUGCACUUGCCAUUCGACAGUUGUCAUCGCUCAUCUUGAAGCAGUAUGUUGAGGCUCACUGGUCCCAGCAUUCAGAGAAGUUUAGACCACCAGUGGCUACAGAUGCAGCCAAGGCACAUAUUCGCAGCCGGCUUCCUGCAGGGUUGGGAGAGUCCAUCAGCAAGGUGCGUUCCAGCGUUGCCUAUGCCAUCUCAGCCAUUGCUCACUGGGACUGGCCUGAAGCCUGGCCGGACCUCUUUGGUCUCCUCAUGAUGAUGAUCACCAAGGGAGAUAGUAACGAAGUCCACGGGGCCAUGAGGGUUCUUACAGAAUUCACAAGAGAAGUUUCAGACACCCAGAUGGAGCAUGUAGCACCUGUCAUUCUACCUGAAAUGCAUCGCAUCUUUGUUCAGAGUGACACAUACACGAUACGAACCCGAGCCAGGGCGGUGGAGAUCUUCAACACUUGUGCGACCCUAAUCUACAACAUUGCCUCUAUGGCAAAGGGAGCAGCCAAGAAGUUGUUAUAUCCAGUCUUGAAUGGCUUCAUGGAGGAGUUUGUAAAGGCUUUGACUGUGACUGAUGAAACUGUGUUAGAUAGUGGUCUCAAGAAAGAAAUCAUAAAGGCACUGACAGUGAUAGUGAAGUGUUUCCCUGGUCAGAUUGCCAAGUCCAUGCCAGCUGUACUCCAGGCAACAUGGAAGACUCUCACAGAUAGCGCUGACACCUAUGUCAGGACCGUCAUCAACGAUACAGAAGAAGCGGAUGAUCCCGUUGAUUCAGAUGGUGAAGUGUUAGGCUUUGAGAACCUUGUAUUCAGUAUAUUUGACUUUGUAUCUGCCAUGAUCGACUCGCCCAAGUUCCGAGGGACUGUACGUAAGCUGUGUGAUGAGCUUCUCUACUAUGUGGUCCUUUACAUGCAGAUCACAGAAGAACAGGUUUACCAGUGGACAGCAGAUCCCAAUCAGUUUGUUGAAGAUGAAGACGAUGAUACUUUUUCAUAUAGUGUACGGAUCUCAGCUCAAGAUCUACUUUUGUCAUUAGGUAGUGAGUUUCCUCAAGAAACCUCUCAUGGUUUGAUGGCAGCACUAGACAGACAUCUACAAGAGGCUGAGCAAGCAAAGAGUCAAGGGCAUAAUUAUUGGUGGAAGGUACAUGAAGCCUGUUUACUAGGGUUAGGUUCUAUCAAGUCUCUCAUCAUAGACAAAGUAGGCAAGGGCAAACUCACAUUCAACUUGCCCAGAUUCCUCACAACAAUUGUUCUAGAAGAUCUUCAGCAAACUGUAUCACCAUUUUUAUUAGGCAGAGCAUUAUGGAUGGCAAGUAGAUAUUCACAAGCUAUGACGCCAGAGUUAGUUCAAAGUUUCUUACAAUUCACAGUGACCGGUCUCCACGACCCCCACCCUCCUUCGGUAAGGAUAUCUGCAGUGCGUGCCAUCUAUGGAUUCUGUGAGCACCUCAAGGGAGCUAACAGUACUUCUAUCUUGAUUCCAUUCUUAACACCCAUCAUGGAGGGUCUGGUACAGCUGGCUACCUGCUCUCAGUUCGGCUCAGACAUCCUCUCCCUCGUCCUGGAGACAGUUAGCAUCGUACUUACAAUAGAUGACACUUUUACAGCACAGUGUGAGAGUCGGGUCACUCCUCUGGCAAAUGCAGUCUUCCUCAAGUAUAGCCAAGACCCCUUAUUAAUAUCCUUAGUUCAAGACAUCUACAAAGAGCUGUGUCGGAACACAGCGUGUUCACAACAGCUUCAAGAACGCUUAAUACCAACGCUCCUUAGUAUCUUCAACGCUGCCUCUGACAAAGUUCCCAUGGGCAUUCAGUCGGCUGCUAUUGACAUCUUGUGUACAAUAGUUCGGAGCUCUCCUGUCCCUCUGUCAGACCUUCUCAUGAAACAGGCUUUCCCAGCUGUAGCUCACUGUACUCUCAGAGCAGAUGACAGUGCUGUUAUGCAGAGUGGUGGUGAGUGCAUGCGAGGCUACAUCUCUGUGUCACUAGGCCAGGUGCAAGCAUGGCGUGACGAGCCUGGCAACAGCGGGACCUACUAUGUCUGCCAGGUCAUAUCUAGGUUACUCAGUCCUCAGACGUCAGAGUAUACAGCCUCGUACGUCGGCCGUCUUGUAGCCAUGUUGAUAUCUCGAGCAGGGAACACGCUUGGUGAUGACCAGGAUCUGAUUCUGAGAGCCGUCCUAAGCAAGAUGCAGGUUGCUGAGACAUUAAGCGUUACGCAGUCUCUGAUCAUGGUCUUUGCCCAUCUGAUGCACACCAGACUUGAUGAUGUCCUAGAAUUCUUAGUCAAUGUUCCUGGACCAACAGGCAAACCAGCGCUACAUUACGUCCUCACAGACUGGGUGGCUAGGCAGAUCAUGUUCUACGGAGCCUAUGAUAGCAAAAUCAGCAUCAUGGCAUUGGGGAAGCUGUUAGAACAUGCUAUCACCACCAAUGAUGUGAGACUUCAUGGUAUCAUGGUACGAGGAGAUCAAGUCUUCACACCAGGAGAGGGUAUCAGGACCAGGUCAAAAGCUGCUCAAAUGCCUGAGCAGUGGACAUCUAUACCUAUCCAUGUCAAAAUCUAUAAGCUGUUGAUCAAUGAGUUAUCUAACGCCAUGGAAACGACAACAUCCAGGCAAGCAUCAGCUGGAGGAGAGGAUCUAGAAGAUGAUGGUUGGGAAGAUGAAGAGGAAGAGGAAGAGGAUGAUGAUGUUAUGAUCAAUGAACAUGGUCUGGCUGGACAGCUUACAGACUUCACCGAUGCUUACCCAGGUUAUGAUUGUUUUGAGGAUGAUGACCCAGAUGAUGAAGAUGAUCCAGAUGCAUUGGAAGACCCUCUCAAUCAAGUAGAUCUACAGUCAUUCUUAACGGACUACUUAGUGGAGCUGUCUAAGCACCAGUGCCAUAGAGAGUUUGCCGUUCAUGUCAAUGAUGCUGAGAAACAUGUUCUAGGAAGCAUAGGCAUCGUUCUAGCAUGAGCCCUCUGCUCCUCGUAAUAAAUAGAAAAACAGUGAAUGCCCUUAACUUUGGAAUAUGUUCGCGGCUGGUAGCAGUUAGAGAGAGGACGAUUAAACUUGAAGGUGACGUUGGUGCAAGUUUGUCAAGGAAUCCUAGAGAAGACUCUUGUGAAAAAACUGAGCCUGAUCGCCGAGUUCCAUUUUCAAGCACUGAUGAUCACCUGUAGCUAGCUGCCUAUAGUAGGUGCACUCAUCAGCCUUGUCAGCCUGCCUAGCUUCUCCCCACAGGAAGACUCAAUUUCUUCAAGAGAUACAAUUUAUGUGUGGUUGUGAGUGUGUGUGAUGUGGGUUAUAGUGUAAUUUAAAAACAAAACAAGCCAUAUCUGAUCACUUCAGCUGUGUUGUCUCCAUGAAUUAUAUUGUAAAGAUUGUAAAUUUUAAUUUAUACCCCUUCCCUCUUUGUUUAUUUCUCUCUGCUUCUUUAUCUCUCUUUUUUCUCCUAGCUUUCUCUCCUGAUUUUUUGUUGUUUCAAUUUUCAAACUUCAAUUUCUGGUGUUCAGGCCUGAUAUUUACUUUAACAUCCCAAAGUUACAUGUAGUAUUCUUGCAAUUUCUUGAAGGAAAUUUUCGUACGGCUGAUAAAUAAAUUGGGGAAAUAAUGAAUUUCAGGUAAUAUUACAUGAAGGGCAAUUUAAAUUAAAUUCUUGCUUUGUAGCCAUAUUGUUGUCAGCUCCACUACAUUCAAUUCUAACUCAUUCUAUAAUACAGUGUAGAGUAUAACACACAGCCAAACAUGUCAAGACAACACAAUGGCAGCUUUUUGCAGCAGAUAGCAUCCAAACUUAUUCUGGUGUUUUGAAUAAGAUUUUCUCAAAUUAUAACUUUUGUCUUCGUAACCAAAUAGCCUGUUAACCUGAAUUUGCAGGAUUCGACAUGGUUGAUUUUAAAGUAUAAAUUCGGAAUAGGUGUGAAUGAAAUUGUAAUUGUAAUAUUUGCAAUGGAAUUUGACUCUCAAUAAAAAAGACAGAAUCGGAGCUUAUGUAAAUUCAGCCCACCUAUAGCAGUUGCUAGUAAUGUCAGUGAAUUUCAUGUCAUACAUGUAUAUAUGACAGAGACAGUGUUGAAGUGCUCCAAGGAGCUGUAUGUUGACCACGUUUGUUUGUUGGCCACUAAAUGUCUUUCCUGCCUCAAGUGUUUUCUCAGCUCUCAUCUAAGAUGACAAUGUGAAAGUCAAUGUGCCUCACGUGUAAGUGUGUGUGUGCCUAGUCUCAAAGAAUAGUGGUUGUUCAGUUCAAUUCGUUGCUAUGUCAGGUAAGCCGUUGUCAGCUACCAUGUUGAUUCAUACUUUCAAUCACAGAGUACUGUCUUUGGAGAUUGCGAUGUCUGACGAUUUUCAAAUUGAAAUAUUGCUUUUGAAUGAAUAUCGUCCAUGUAAAAAAGCAUUUAUUAUUUGAGAUACUGAAAAAACAUUGAAAUCUGAAGAAAUGUAGCAAAAGUUUAGAUGUUGAUUGCUAUUGAUAUAGAGUCAAGGCUAGUAUAGCUGCAAGGUGUAUUUGAAUAUCUAAUUGGAAAGAAAGAAACAAACUCUUUUUACAAGGAGGCAUUUAGAAAAAUCAUGGUGUGCCCAGUUUAUAUUGAGAAUGAACUAUGUGUGAUUGCAAAUGCUUCAGAUGCUAAAAGCCCUUUAAAAAUUACCCCUAGAAAUGUACACUACUGGUAUAAACAUCCUAUUUCAAAUACCCGAAUUAAAAAAUGAUUUGUAAAGAUGCAUCAAACUCGCAGGUAUGGUUUGUGUCGCUUGCUCAAUAGAACAAUUAACAUGGCAAUUUCUAGGUAAGUCACAUAUUACCAAGUAUUAUUGAACUGUUGAUUUACCUAAAAAUAUCAAUUUAUUUGAUGUUUUGUCUGAUUCAUAAUUUAGUAGGGCUAUGAGCUUGAUACAGUCAUCAGAUAUACUGAAAUCUUAGAUGUGGCCCGCAUUAUGGGAGUAAAUAGCUAUUUAUUGCACCUACUAUGUAUGGUAGCAUCUCUGUGGGUGGAAUCCACCUAGCAUUCCUUCUUAUGCUAUAUUUAGAAAGCAACCUUCGUUUAAAAAGGAUUCAUAAAGUAGUGAAUUGGUCAAUUAGCAUCUUGGUUUAAUACCUCAUAGGCAAAGUGGGACUGCUUAUUGCAACCUUGUAUCUGUAAUUUGUGUUUGCUUUCUAUGCGUCAUUCAAGUGUCAUUCAAGUGCCAUAUGCAGCUUCAUCAUCGGCUUACAUCAAUGAUUUCUAUGCAAAAUGAAUGGUGAUUUGGGAGUAGCUCGUGGGGGGGAGGGGAAGGUGUAAAGUAAACCAUAUUCAAAUUGUACUGUAUUAACCCUAAAUGCUGGGUUAUUUGGGUACUCUCUCAACCAGGGGGGGGGGGGGGUGCCCCCUUGAAAUCUUGGUCAAAUAAUGAUGAACAAUUCUUAAACUUGGCAUAUUGAUACAGCAUGAUUACUAAUUAACUAUUCACAUAUCCGCUUGUAACAAUUCUGCAUUGUGUACAGUACAUAAUUUAUAGGGAAAUUAUCAUUUGGGCUUUGCAAAGUGCGAUGAAUUUCGAUGUUUCACUGUACCCAUGGAAGUAUAUAACUUUGAUAUCAAAGAUAUGGGGGCAAGGGUGGAUUCUACCCCCUCCCCAGCCUUUAUAGGGUCCAAUCUUGUUAUCAAUCAAAUAAGUUAUUCCUUUGUUGAUGUUAGAGACAACUUACACCCAGCUUGUAUUUUGAAGUUUAGAAUACAAAUCAAUGACUUUGAUGUUAUGUUGUAUAGCUGUGGGAGUUCUUGAGCAGAAAUUACAGAGUUUACCAUAGCUUUCAUCUUUAAAAUAUAUUGUUGUGAAAAUUGGACGAGCCACUGUCAUAUAUUUUCUUUUUCUGUGUCUUUAUGCACUAAAAACUAUUCAACUUCUUUUUAUUUGAAUUACUGCAUUGAUUAAGCCAACAAAAUUUACCUUUGGUAUUACAUGUAUAACUUAUAAUGCCAGUAUGCCACCAAACGGCCAAUUCUGAAGCCAUCUUCCAACUUUCUGUCAAUAUGGAGAGAUUUCUAUCUCCUAGAUACAAUUUGUAAGCAAGAUUUGUUGAAUAAAGCUUAUGUUUAGCCAUCUUUUUACACAUUUUAUAAUUAAAGAGGAAUUGAGUGCUAAUCAAGCAAACAAACUUGAUGUGAUAAUCUUAAUUAUCAGUGAUCUUGGGGUUUGAUUUAAAGCAGUCUUUAAAUUUGUGAUUUUUAUUGUCAAAAUAUGUUUCUACAAUUAGUACUGCAGAACACUGAUAAGGCUCAAAAUAAAAUCCUGCCCUUUUAUAACGAAAAUUAUUGCAAGUGUACAUAAUGAAGUGGUUGUUCUUUUCAUUUAAGGACAUACCACCAUCAUGUGUGUGCGCACAUUGGCUGCACAGGUUUACUUGGUUAUGUAUCCACCAUGCAUAACAUGUGGAAUUCCUGGUAUUGUGCAUAGUAAAUACAUGAUCAGGUGACUCUGCUGAGCUAAGGUGGGCACAAAUAUUACUAUGGAACAUCAUUAAGAGGAUGGAAUUGACCCAUUUCAAAAUUAGUUUGUUAAUUAUACAGGCUCUGUAAAUGAAAGUUUAUAAUUGAGAUGUGU